UUUGAGAGAGAUUAAAAAAAAAAAUUGAAAGUUCUUUGCUUUUCUUUCUUGGUCUCUGUAGUUUUGAAGUUGAAAUUCCUUAUUCUUCUGAUCCUACCAAAGAAGGACAAAUCAAUGGCGACAAAAACAUACCCUUGUAUUGUCUGUCUCUAACGCAGCCAUGGAAAAGUCGUUCCAGACAAACCCUUUGAUUCCAGGGUGCUCUGUUUCUUCAUCAAAACCACCCCUCUACUCUUUUCUUUCAACCUUACUACACUCUCCCUUCUUCCAUCAAAAUCAUUUUCUCUUUCGUUUUUUCUUCUUUUUUCCUUUCUGGGUUUGACGUAAAUUCGGCUUUUCUCUACCAUCUAUCCCCACCACUUCGUUUUCUUCAUCUUCUGGAUGGAUUGGAGUGAAGGAUUUAUGUUGCUUUCUGCUGCUUUCUUCUCUGAAUCUGUCAAGUCUUUUGCUGGGUGAUGAGUACUUUAAUGGCAGGAAUGUUUAAUGGGGAGGGUUCAUCGUCGGUAACUUCGUCGCCUUUGCAGUUCUUUCCGUGGUCGUUAUCACCCGGUAUAGGAUCGCCAUACCCUUUUCUAAGAGAGCUCAAAUCUGAAGAGAGGGGUUUGUGUUUGAUUCACCUACUUCUUGGCUGUGCCAACCAAGUUGCUAUUGGUAACAUUGAAAAUGCUAAUGUUGGCCUCGAGCAAAUUUCCCACCUUGCUUCGCCAGACGGGGACACAAUGCAGCGGAUUGCUGCUUACUUCACCGAGGCACUCGCCGAUCGAAUACUUAAAUCCUGGCCUGGCUUACACAAAGCCUUGAACUCUACCAAAAUUCUGUCAGUCCCUGAAGAGAUUCUUGCCCAAAGAUUGUUCUUUGAAUUGUGUCCUUUCUUGAAGCUUGCAUAUGUGAUGACUAAUCAGGCUAUUAUAGAAGCCAUGGAGGGAGAAAGGAUGAUUCAUAUUAUUGAUUUCAAAUCUUGUGAACCUGCUCAGUGGAUAAACCUUCUUCAAACAUUGAAAGAUAGGCCAGAUGGUCCACCCCACUUGAGAAUAACUGGAAUUCAUGAACAAAAGGAAGUGUUGGAACAAAUGGCUCUUCGGCUCACCGAAGAGGCAGAAAAAUGGGAUAUACCAUUUCAAUUCACCCCAGUUGUUAGCAAAUUAGAAAACCUUGACCUUGAAAGUUUAAGGGUUAAGACAGGUGAAGCACUUGCAGUUAGCUCUGUUCUUGAGCUUCAUUCUGUUUUGGCUACAGAUGACGAUAAGAAAACGUCGCCAUCUGCAUCAAAGAAUUUACAAAAACUCCUACGUAUGAAGCAGCGAACACUAGGAGAGUGGCUUGAGACAGAUUCGUUGCAAGUUUUUAGUAGCCCAGAUUCAGCCUCAGUAUGCUCCCCAUCAGGAUUGAAUCCUUCGCAAAAGAUGACCAGUUUUUUGACUGCAUUAUGGGGCCUUUCUCCAAAAGUUAUGGUAAUAACUGAGCAAGAAUCAAACCUGAAUGGAUCUGCUUUCAUGGAAAGAGUACUAGAAGCAUUGAACUUCUAUGCUGCAUUGUUUGAUUGUUUAGAGUCAACCGUGUCACGAUCAUCGAUCGAACGACAAAGGGUCGAGAAAAUGCUUUUAGGAGAGGAAAUAAAAAACAUCAUUGCUUGUGAGGGGGCAGAAAGGACGGAGAGGCACGAAAAGCUUGAGAAAUGGAUACUGAGGCUCGAAUCCGUGGGGUUCGGAAAGGUUCCAUUGAGUUACCAUAGUAUGUUAUUGGGAAGUAGAUUGUUGCAAAGCUAUGGAUAUGAUGGGUAUAAAAUCAAAGAAGAGAAUGGAUUUUUGUUCAUCUGCUGGCAAGAUAGGCCUCUUUUUUCAGUUUCAGCUUGGGGGUUUCAAAGGCAAAGCUCAUGAUAACGAAUGAUACAAUUUCACUGCAAAGGAGGAUUUGAAUGCCUUUUAACUUUCUUCUUCUUCUUCUUUAUGUAAUCAAUUUUUGUUGGCAUAAAUGGUGCUCAAGACCUCACUUCCUCGGCAAAUGCAUACUGUAACAAGCUUCCCAUGUUUUUUUGUUUUUUGUUUUUUGUUUUCCAGUUUCUAAGCUUAUCAUUGUUGUAUAUACAGUAGUAAUAGUCUUGAGGUUCAGGUUUUUGUUAUCUAAAUAUUUCUUUCCAUAAAGAGAAGAUGUUUGAGGCCAUCAAAUUCAAUUUGUAUCUGCAAUAAUAAUAAUAAAAAAAAAAAACUUGUUUUCUUUGA